AUGCGUGCCACGACACGCCCAUCCACUUUUGUUACCCUUCCGCAAACUUAUAUUUUUCCCAUUUUUCUUUCUUCUCACAGUUGUCCCUGACUGACUUUUACUCAAAGCUCUUUGGCAAAACAAUUUAUUUUCCUUUUGGAAGAUGUGUGAUAUAAAGAUCAACGAGUCAAGACAAGUGGAAGAUAACGCAGAGGAGAAAGAGGAGGAGAAAGACUGGGUGGCUGCCAAAGCGGAUUUUGAAAACCUCCAAACGAACAAACCGAGACCGCCUAAACCCAAAAAUGCUGUCACCGUCGCUGUGUCCUCCCGAACCCUCUUCAAAAUGAAGGCGGAGAGGCUCGUCUACGAAACGGAAGGAGUUGAAAGCUACGUUGCCUAUCAGGUGGAACACGAGAAUGAGCCUUUGAAGCCGGGACCUGCUUUCCCAUUUGUCAAGGCUUUGAUGACAGUCAACUCUCGGUUGAGAGAGCUCUACCCAGACGGCGAGGAGUUGUUCGACAUUGUCCUCAUGACCAACAACCACGCUCAAGUCGGAGUGCGCCUCAUCAACAGCAUCAAUCACUACGGUACGCCGGCUUUUGGUUUCAUACAGAACUGUGCUGAUCUGCUAACAAUUUUGAACUUUUUUUUUUCAGACUUGACCAUCGAGAGAUUUUGUAUGACCGGAGGGAAAAGUCCAAUAGGCUACCUGAAAGCUUACAUGACCAAUCUGUAUCUCUCCAAAGAUGCUGAGAAGGUCACAGAGGCCAUUGAUGAAGGCAUCGCAGCGGCAACGAUGUUCAUGCGCGAUACGGAGAACGACCUGUGCGACAAUCAGCUGAGGGUGGCUUUCGAUGGCGACGCCGUCCUUUUCUCAGAUGAGUCGGAGAUCAUCGUUAAGCAAAGCGGCUUGGACAGCUUCUUUGAGCACGAGAAGAAAUUUGAGAAUAAACCACUUGCUCAGGGUCCCUUGAAGUGCUUCCUGGAGGCUUUGGGGAAACUCCAAAGAAAAUUCUACGCCAAAAACGAGCGUUUGGAUUGCCCCAUAAGAACCUUCCUCGUCACAGCCCGGAGCGCCGCCAGCUCAGGAGCUCGGGUGCUGAAGACCCUCCGCAGUUGGGGCCUGGAGAUUGACGAGGCUCUUUUCCUGGCCGGAGCCCCUAAAGGGCCCCUGCUGCAAAAGAUAAAACCGCACAUCUACUUUGACGACGAGAUGUUCCAUAUUGAGGGCGCUAAGGAACUAGGCACUAUCUCCGCUCAUGUCCCCUAUGGGAUUGGACAGAAGUACCACAAGGGUAAACUCAUCGAGCAGCCAAAAAAGGAAUGAAGCAGCUAAUGUACCAAAGGUGACAUGUUGAACUUGUACUACUGUUGGAAUAAUUUAAGUAAAGCCUUGUCAUUUAUUAGUUUAUGGCUUUACUUUCAUCUAGGUUAUUUCUCUUUAGUGACAGGGAAGUCUUUUGAUCUCUGUCAGCCAUAUGUAACCUUCCUGUCUUUAUGUUAUCUGUGUGUUUUUGUUUCUGUAAGAGGCCUUCACUAACAAUGAGCAGAGCUUAUUUGCAUAGGCGAAAUGUUCUUAUUUGGUUGAAAGAAACUUAAUUCCUUUUAGUUAACUGUAGGUUUGGUUCAUAGAUGGUUACAAGUUAUCCCAUAUUUACUCAAUGUUUGUUAAAGUGUUUAGGACAAGUCACUCAUUCUUAUUGCGUGUUGAUUUACUAAGUAGAUAAAGUCUAGCCAAGGUUUAGUUGCAUUGUUCCACAGGAGUUAUCUGAUCUUGCUCGCGGACAACUCGGCCAUGACAACAACUGGAGAAGAACAGAUGGACAAACUCUGCGGGGGUCACGGGCCGACAAUGAAGUGCUAAUUCACACCACACUACAUUCUUUUGCUAAUCAGCGUUGCUACAGACACAAUCUCCCCUCCCUUUAGUGUAGCAACGCUUCUGUAACCAGGGAAACCAAAACAUUAAAAAGAGGAGCACGUGGAGGGAGAACUCAGAAUUGAUGGAGAUUGUAACCGAGUUUCCUCUCUCUAUCGUUCUCCUCGCGAGUAAACCUGUUCUGGUUUUUUUCUCCUCUUCCUUCCAGUGUGUGGUUUAAUGUCUGAUGGUAUUUAGACCUAACAACUACACUGUUAAAUGCUCAUCAAAAGGAUAUUUUGUGUAAUAUCACGUUGUGAUACAUUUUUAUAGUUGGCUGGAGACUCGGUAUGGUCAGGAAUAGGGCUUUUAUAUUUUAUAGUUUUUAAAAUCAAAUAACUCUUGAAAGUAUAUUGCUGUGUAUUUUAUAGACAAGAGCUGCAACAGUCAAUUUACACUGGUUCGCAUAUAUUGAGUCACGCUAAAAAAAGUCAACUUAUUUUGUUACUUUUAGCUGCUGUAUUCAUCUUGAAUUGAGGCGCACAACAGUUAAAAUGUUGUUGAAAUUUUUGGCAAAUAUCCAUGCCAAGUCAAGUCAAAGGAUAAGCGAUAAUGAACGGAUGGAAUGAUGUAACUGAUUUCGUCUGUUGUCGUUACUGCCUUAGCUGUAUAAGCACGCUCAUAACUGUUACAGUCAGACUCCGUGAGUUGUUUACACCUUUUCACUCGUCUAACAACUUUUAAUGUGUUUUUUUGUGUGUGUGUGCGUGUAUGAGUUAUUUCAAGAAUAGGACUCAUGAUGUGAUAUCAAAACAUUUAACAGUUACUUCCUUAUGCACUUGGGUAGUCUUUUGGGGCUGUAUUUACUUUUUGUGUUAUAUUUGAAAUAAAUGUCUCAUUUACUCAUUAA